UGGUUCGUGCAAGGGAGAGAGUCGUUGUGUUAUCAACAACCCUAGUGUAAACAGAUUUUUACAUAAAAAUUGAACAUAAAUUGCAAUAAAAAAUAUUAGUGCUGAAAUUUGUAAGGAUUUUUUGUUUUGUAUUGUGUAGUGGAUAAAAUUAAUUGUGUACUUGUUUCGGAACUGUAAAUAGUGCAGACAGCAGGUGGACACUCAAGCAAACAAAAGUGAGGGCAGUGCCGUUAGGAUCGCAAAGGUGAAAAUGUAUUUGCCAGCAACAAAUGGCAAUAUUUGCAAGCAAAUAUGAAAGAAAAUUGGCCAUUGAUGAUACCGAAGCGAUAAGCUGCCAAAUUCAAGCCGUUGAACAGAUUAACGGACAUACGGAGUAUUUGCUGCAUGUGCAACGUGGUGAGCAAUCCUGGAACGUUCUGCGCCGUUACAAUGACUUUAAUCAAUUGCACAAGAGUCUUCAAAUCUCUGGUCUCGAAUUACCGUUACCUGGCAAACGUUACUUUGGUAAUAUGCGACCGGACUUCAUAGCUGAACGGAAAGAGGCAUUGCAAAUAUAUAUAAACACAAUCCUAAUGAAUCCCAUAUUGGCAUCAUCGCUGCCAGCUAAGCGGUUCGUUGAUCCCGAAAGCUACUCGCAAUCAUUCCAUGAUCAUGCCGUACAACAUUCGUUGCUUUGCCUUCGCAACGACAGCGUUUGGGCUUUGGGCACCAGCAUGGGCGCCAUUGGAUGGCGUCUGCGUAAGCAUUACUUCAAAGUCACGACAAAGCCGCCAGAGAAAAGCAGCAACAAGCUGGUGAAGAGUGGCUCCCAGACACAGCAAAGCAAACAUUUUGCAUCAGGUAGCAAUGGAGGUGCCCAUUCGGUUUCCAUCGAUGCAGCCACUCUAGAUCCUAAUGCAGAGAUGGUGGCCGAGUGGUUGGAGUAUGGACCGGACAAGUACAUCGAUGAGAAGGAUAUGGGUGGCGUGCUCAAAAGCCUUAUGGGACUGCAGCAUCCACAUAUAGAAUCCAUUGUAUUGGCGGCCAACACAGAAAACGGUUGCCUAUUUAUCAGAAAAUUCCAUAAGCAUGGCACGCUGAAGGAUGUGCUCUGCAUGGCUACGCCCAAAAAUCCAUUUUUAAGCAAAUACGGCAAUCCGAAAGGUCGUACAGCGCUUUCGAUGAAACAAGUGGCUACAUAUGGCGCACAAAUCUUAGAUGCACUUAUCUUUCUACACGCCAAAGGCUACGCCUAUGGUCAUUUGCAUUCGGGCAACAUCGUUAUAGUCGAUGACUGCGUCAAGCUACUAGACAUUGAGAAUCAUCUGCUUGGCGUGCCGGCCUUUUAUCGCCCCUUCUUUGUCCAGCAUAGCAAGAUACAUGCCAUUGAGACCAUAGAUGUGUAUUGCUUUGGUCAUGUGCUGUUUGAAAUGUCAAUGGGCUAUCCGCUGCAAGAGUCUGUGGCCCGACAAAUUACCGAGUGUCCCGAGGCAUUAAAGUCCGUUUUGGAAAGCAUUUUAUCAAAGGAGGCAUGCAAGGCAGGCUUGCCUACGCUAGAUCAGCUGGCUGCUCACAGAUUCUUUUCACAAUAUGCCACAGCCAUGCCUGCAACAUCAGAGAAGCCACAUUUUAAGCUGUCUUUACAGGCUAAAGAGCUACUGCGCCAAGCGGCUGUCAAGAGCGAGAAUCGACUGCGUGAUGAGCAAAAGUCGGUGAAAAACCAAAAACGCAUCGUACGUGUGCAAGAGCUCAUGAGUUCUGAAGAAGAGAAGCGCAAAUCAAAACAAAAGGCAAAAUUAGAGCACAAGCAGUCGAAACUCAAGCAACAGGGCUCACUGCAAACAAGCAAUGGACGCUUGUCGCUGGUGUCUGCCACAACUGCUGGCAGCGUUAGCAGUGCAUCAGCAACAUUGGCCACAGUUAGCACAGCUGACUCCUUUAAUCGCUCUGACAGCACACCCGAGGAGCCCACCGGCCUCAAAUCAAUCUCAGAUGCUGCGCAGUUACGUCAAGAGUUGGCCAGCACCAGCUUGACUGGAGUGGAACGUCAGACAUCAACGCCCAAUAUGCUAACCGAGGCGGAUGCAGCAACAUACGCUGCCGAAGAAGAAGAACCCACGCGCUCAGCUUUGCUUGAAUCAAUUUGCAAAUUUAAUCGCGGUUCGUUGCGCAAAGUUCGCUCCAACGAUUAGUCACAAUGCAGAUAGACAACCUACAUUUAUCUAAACAUAUUUUGGACCAAAAAAUAUGGCGUUAUGAAAUAACGUUGCCAUUAAAUUAAAACGUAAAACACAGCAAACAAAAAAACAACAAAUAAUUGUCUAACCAAACAAAAUGCAAAAUUAACUACAUUUUUAGAUGCAUAUAGAUUAAUAUAUUUAUAUAUUGAUGUACUAAGCAGAGCUGCAAGUCCCAUAAAUGUGCCCUUGACUGUCAACUCGUAAAAUCGCACCAAAUCUUUGUUUUUCUUUGCGUGAUUUGCAGUUCUGUAAAUAUAUUUAAUAUUGUAACCUAUACGUACUUUUAAUAACUGAACCCACUGAGUUUUGUGUCCUAUCCAGUUAGAUAUAAACUUGAUCAAAAAUUAAGUUCACGCGUAUGCAACUAAAGCUUUACAUAUAAAUAUAUACAUGACCACUACACGACUGAACAAAAUAAAUCACUUUGGUACAACUUAAUUAUAAAGAAGAGAAAACAAGUUUAUAAAUUUCGAAAAAAAAAAACUUAACUAACAAAACUACAUGUUUUUUGUGU